AGAUAAACAAAAAAAAACUGCAUCCUGUGGACCUACAGCUGCGGGGUAAAUUGGUUCUAAUUGAAAAUAGUUGUAAAUCGUUCCGAGAACCCGUGCGGAUGCUCUAGAAAGUCGAGAUAAGCCAAAAGGAUGCAUUCUUUCACUCUUCGAGCCUUUUGUUUGACACUUAUAAGAGCCAUACUCAUCCCGACCGGUCAAAUCAGUCUAUUGGUGAUAGUUUUUCGGACAACACGUGCUCUCAAUAAUGCGCCAAAAAGCAUUCCUCAGCCUACUGCUUGGCUGUUUUCUACUGGCUUCAGCGGAACCACAGCAAGCGGCGCCAUCCACCACGUCACGGCCUGCUUUGGAGAACCCGGCCUACGAUCCGACGAUGUACCAACAGUUCGUGCCGCAGGACGCCGUCCAAAAAUACGUCCAGGCUUACAGCGGCCACAACUACCAAAACGCCCAGGGAGGAUUCGUUCCGUACGAGCCAGCCGUUUCCGCCAUCAUGUCGUCGCAGCCCUUCCAAGCUUACCUCGUUCCGGCCACACCGAUAGAAAAACCCACCCUGAUGAACUCGGUCCGUACCGGAAUGCCCACGGCUCGCACGGUCCUGGCCUUCUUCGGCCAGAUAGUGUCGUUCGUGUUCGGAUCCAUCGGAGCCGUUGCCUUGGGCACGCUGCUGACGUCGAUUCUGUGCUUCGUGACGCCGUUUUGCACGCUAUCGUUCCGCAGCGCCAAGGGGUUGGACGUCGGAGUAGGCGAAACGGCGAAGGAGGUCAUCUCGACUCUCGGAGAGCAGGUCACAGCCGAUCGCGUGAAACGGGCAGCGGAAUUCGUUAAGGUGGCGGUGGAUAAGUUUCAGCGGUUGAACCAACAGGUGCGGGAGGCGACCGAGAGGAAAGCGGGGGUUGUGCAGUGAUGAUUUGUGAAUAAUUUGUGUAAGAAUCAGUCAAUAAAAAAAUAGUUCGAUCGCGGA